GUUGGCAUUGUUGUUGUCAUUGUUGUUGUCAUUGUUGUUGUCAUUGUCGUCGCUGUACAGCGUUGACUUUUCGCCUAUAAAUACAAAUGUUCUGGCCAGAAUGUGGCUUAAAGCGACACAGUUAUCCUAGCCGUAAUCUACGCGGCGUGCAACACAACCGAGCGUUAGCCAAAGUGUAGAAAGUAUAAAGUGUGAAUAAAAUUGUGGAAAAAUAAGAGAUGCUCCAUUUUUAAUUUGUGCAAGUGCCACUAAUUCGAUUACAAAGUAACUGACACGAUUUUGUGGAACAACAACAAAAACGGUGACAACUUUUAAAUUGUCAUUAAAAAGUGAAUCUCUGGGCGAAAAAUUCCAACAGCUUGUAAUAGCGCAAAAAAAGAGCAAGCAACAACAACAAGUGGAGUCAGCAAUUGAAUUGUAGCGAAAAUUCGGCGCCAUUUGGGGAAGCCAACGACGACAGUCCACCAGCAACAAUAACAGAGCCGCAUAACCACUGAACCAGCGGCGACACGCACCAGCAAAAACAACAACCAACUAACACACACACACACCUUACACAGAGGGAAUCUCUAUAAAAGUGAAAUUUUCGCCACACAACGCCCAAUAAAACAACCGGAAACACAAUGGUAACAGCACAACUGGCAAUUCGACGCAACAACAACAAACAGCACAAAAGCAACAAGAAACAGAGUGGAACUUUGGGCAGCAGCAGCAUCAGCAACACCAGCAAUGGCGGCAGCGCCAGCGUGCCAGUGAAAUGUCGCCGCGGUGGCGUCGGUGUGGCCUCAGCGCCAUCGCUCAGUCUCGGCUUGUGGCUGUUGCCGGUGUUAUUGGUGUUGUUGGCGUGGCAGCAGCAGCCAUGCGAGGCACGUUAUCUGCCGACAAGGUCACAUGGCGACGAUUUGGAUAAAUUGCGCGAAUUAAUGUUGCAGAUUUUGGAGUCCAGCAAUGAAGAACAACGUCCACCCAACGAGGCUAAUGGCAAUACAUUGGCACAACGAGCGUCCUGGUUAAAUAAGUUGAAUGCCAUGGAUGGUGUGGAUACACAACGAAAAUAUGGCACACGUGGCAUCUACGACAAUGGACGUUACUAUUAAAUUACAAACCGAUUGAAAAAAGUAGAAAAAUGUGCGAAAAGAAGUUAAGUGAAAGCGUUGACGACCACACAAUAUAAUGAAAUUAAACCAAAACCACAAUGAAGGCAAACAGUUUAAGCUUGAAAAAGUAAUGUGCCAAAAUAGCUAAUAGCGAUAAAACGAACAAUUAUAUUAAAAAAAACUUGAUUUUGGAAUUACAAAUAUUAUUGAAUAAAUUUUAUUUAUAUA